AACCCAGGGAAGCUGCUGCUCUGUGGUGUCAGCCCUGUGUUUGCUCUCUGUGCAGUGCAGCUCCCCGGGGAGGCUCCUCGUGUGUUCCACGGCCGCCCCAGGACUCCUCUCCAGACCCUUCUGCUGAGGAGAAACCAACUGGAGGAACUGUGAAGGCUGAAGUCUGUUGUCGAUGGGACUGCACAGAGGGAAAACUCAGACCUUCUGCUUUCCAGGGAUCCCUCUGCAGACUGUGCUGUCAAACUCUCCUUCCGGAGCUGCUGCGUUCACCUAGAAGCUGUCAGACCUUUGGAAAACAAGAGACCUUGCCAAGGAGGUGGGUGUGUUGCUGAGACACGGUGGUGGCUCAGUUUGCUGACAAAAGCAGGGAGCUGGCACGGAGAGUGUGGGGCACAGGAAGGGCCACGGGCAGCUGGCAGUGUCCCUGAGGAGCUGUGUGGGACAACCAAUGUUUCCCUACCGUCCUGCUUUCUGCUGUGACCCCCUCCUGUUUUUGGCUUGUAGUCAUAGACUCUGACGAGGGAGUAAUGGAGUCGCUGAGUGGCAGGUGCUGACAGCUUCUGCAGUCCCAGUAACUGCUCAUUUUGGUGUCAUUUGCAAUUCUGUACCUCUAAAUGCCACAGCUCUCUGGGGGAAGGUUGCGCUGGAUACCGGUACUGCCUCGGAAGACUGUGACGCCAUGGGGAACGCGGAGAGCCAGAGCGUGGAGCACGCCUUCUACGGGGACAAGCACACCAGCCUGGGCCGCAAGCACACCUCCCGCUCCCUGCGCCUCUCCAACAAAGCCUCCCGCCGCUCCCGCCACGCCUCCUCCGGCAAAAUCAUCCACCGCAACUCGGAGGUGAGCACCCGCUCCAGCAGCACGCCCAGCAUCCCCCAGUCCCUGGCGGAGAACGGCCUGGAGCCCUUCGCCCCAGAGGCCAACCUGGAGGACUUUGGGAGCCCCAUGUGGGUGGACCGCGUGGACAUGGGCCUGCGGCCCGUGUCCUACCACACCGACUCGUCGGUGACGCCCAGCGUGGACAGCAGCACCGUCCUCACGGCCGCCUCCGUGCAGAGCAUGCCCGGCUCGGAGGAGAGCAGGCUCUACGGCGACGAGCCGCCCUUCCUGGCGGAGGGCGACGGCAGGGGACACCGGUACGCGGCCAACGGGACCGGCUUCAUGGACACGGCCAGCUUCAAGAAGAAGCGCUCCAAGUCUGCCGACAUCUGGCGCGAGGACAGCCUGGAGUUCUCGCUCUCCGACCUCAGCCAGGAGCACUUGACGAGCAACGAGGAGAUCCUGGGCUUGGCCGAGGAGAAGGACGCCGAGGCCGCCCCAGGCACGGAGGCCGGGGGCAGCCCCCAGCCCCUGGUCGCCUGCCAACGUGCCAACUCCAUGAGUGACUUGUAUUCCCCCAAAACCCCAGGCACUGCCAUGAACGGGGGCCCGCGGAACGCCUUCGGAGGGUACUGCCGGAACCUGGUGUCCGACAUCCCGGAUAUCGGGAGCCAUAAGAUGGCCUCGGUCACCGCCGAGGAUGCGCCUUCUUCCUACAGCAACUACAACACGCUGCCCUGCAGGAAGUCACACUGCCUCUCCGAAGGGGCCACCAACCCCCAGAUCAGCCACAGCAGCAGCAUGCAGGGCAGGAGGGCCAAAACCACUCAGGACGUCAACGCCGGCGAGGGGAGCGAGUUCACCGACAGCGGCAUCGAGGGAGCGGCCACCGACACCGACCUGCUGUCCCGGCGCUCCAAUGCCACCACCUCCAGCUACUCCCCGACAGCCAGCCGGGCCUUCAUCGGCAGCGACAGCGGGAGCAGCUCCACGGGCGAUGGGCUCCGCCAGGGCGUGUACGAGAACUUCCGCCGGGAGCUGGAGAUGAGCACGGCCAACAGCGGGGAGCUGGAGGAGGCCGGCUCUGCCCUCAGCGACGAGCAGAGCAGCGGCACCCUCAGCUCCCCCGGCCAGUCCGACAUCCUGCUCACGGCCGCCCAGGGCACCGUGAGGAAAGCGGGAGCCCUGGCCGUGAAGAACUUCCUGGUGCACAAGAAGAAUAAGAAAGUGGAGUCGGCCACGCGCAGGAAGUGGAAGCACUACUGGGUUUCCCUGAAAGGGUGCACGUUGUUCUUCUAUGAGACUGAUGGCAGGUCUGGCAUUGACCACAACAGCAUCCCAAAACACGCUGUCUGGGUGGAGAACAGCAUCGUGCAGGCUGUGCCUGAGCACCCCAAGAAGGACUUCGUCUUCUGUCUCAGCAACUCCCUUGGAGAUGCUUUCCUCUUCCAGACCUGCAGCCAGACGGAGCUGGAGAACUGGAUCACAGCGAUCCACUCGGCCUGCGCGACCGCGGUGGCGCGGCAGCACCACAAGGAGGACACCGUGAAGCUCCUCAAGACUGAGAUAAAAAAGCUGGAGCAGAAGAUCGACAUGGAUGAGAAGAUGAAGAAAAUGGGUGAAAUGCAGCUGUCCUCUGUCACAGACUCCAAGAAGAAGAAGACCAUCCUGGAUCAAAUCUUCGUUUGGGAGCAGAAUCUGGAGCAGUUCCAGAUGGACCUGUUCCGGUACCGCUGUUACCUGGCGAGUCUCCAGGGAGGGGAGCUCCCCAACCCCAAAAGGCUCCUGGCUUUCGCCAGCCGGCCCACCAAGGUCGCCAUGGGCCGCCUUGGGAUUUUCUCGGUCUCGUCCUUCCAUGCACUGGUGGCGGCUCGCACAGGGGAGUCGGGAGUGAGGAGAAGGACACAGGCCAUGUCCAGAUCUGCCAGCAAACGGAGAAGCAGGUUUUCUUCUCUUUGGGGGCUGGAUACUACCUCGAAGAAAAAGCAAGGGAGGCCAAGCAUUAAUCAGGUGUUUGGUGAAGGAGUCGACUCAGUAAAGAAAUCCCUGGAAGGGAUCUUUGACGACACAGUCCCGGAUGGCAAGAGGGAGAAAGAAGUGGCACUGAGCAGUGUCCAUCAGCACAACCCCGACUGUGACAUUUGGGUUCACGAGUACUUCACGCCCUCGUGGUUCUGCCUGCCCAACAACCAGCCUGCCCUGACCGUCAUCCGUCCUGGGGACACCACGAGGGACGUGCUGGAGAUGAUCUGCAAGACCCACCAACUGGAUGUCUCUGCUCACUACCUGCGGCUCAAAUUCCUCGUGGAGAACCAGCUCCAGUUCUAUGUACCAAAGCCAGAGGAGGAGAUCUAUGAACUGCUGUACAAAGAGAUAGAAAUCUGUCAGAAAAUCACACAGCACAUUCAGAUCGAGAAGUCUGAUGCAUCCUCCGAUAUUUAUGGUUUCUCUCUGUCCUCCGUGGAAGAAGAAGGGAUUCGUCGGCUUUAUGUGAACGGCGUCAAGGAGACAGGCCUAGCUUUCAAAAAAGGCCUGAAAGCUGGUGAUGAAAUUGUGGAGAUCAACAAGAGAGCUGCUGAGGAGCUGGACUCGGCCCUGCUGAAGGACGCCCUGGUGCAGCCUGCGCUGUGUCUCACCGUGCGCACCCACCCCGAGAUAGAGGAAGGGCAGAAGCUGCUGCAGCCGCCCCCACGUCGCCUGGAGAACCCCCCUGAGCUGGGUGACAGCACCCUGGUGUUUGCUGGGGGCAGCCAAGGGCACUCCCUUUGUGGUGACCCGGACAGCUCUGCCGACACAGCUCCAGAGGAGGCGGAAACACAGGACCUGGAGUCGUCGGACGAGGCUGAUAAGAUGAGCAAGAGCACAGAGCAGGUCGCUGCUUUCUGUCGCAGUCUGCAUGAAAUGAACCCUUCUGACUCCAGUGCUCACCCUCAGGAAUUUGCAGGACCCCAGCUGGCCACCAUGAGACAACUCACAGACGCAGACAAGCUGCGGAAGGUCAUCUGUGAGCUCCUGGAGACAGAACGCACCUAUGUCAAGGACUUAAAUUGUCUAAUGGAGAGAUACCUGAAGCCUCUACAAAAGGAAACGUUCCUCACACCGGAUGAGCUGGAUGUUCUCUUUGGGAAUCUGACUGAAAUGGUAGCAUUCCAAGUAGAGUUCUUGAAAACUUUGGAAGAUGGAGUAAGGCUGGUUCCAGACCUGGAAAAGCUUGAAAAAGUUGAGCAAUUUAAGAAAGUGUUGUUUUCCUUGGGUGGAUCCUUCCUGUACUACGCUGACCGGUUCAAGCUGUACAGUGCCUUCUGUGCCAGCCACACGAAAGUCCCCAAAGUCCUGGUGAAAGCCAAGACAGACACUGCUUUCAAGGCAUUCCUGGAUGCCCAGAACCCCCGACGGCAGCACUCCUCCACGCUGGAGUCUUACCUCAUCAAACCCAUCCAGCGGAUCCUGAAAUACCCUCUCCUGCUGAAGGAGCUCUUUGCUCUCACUGACGUGGACAGUGAAGAACAUUAUCACCUUGAUGUGGCCAUCAAAACGAUGAACAAGGUUGCCAGCCACAUUAAUGAAAUGCAGAAGAUCCAUGAGGAAUAUGGGGCAGUGUUUGACCAGCUCAUAGCAGAACAAACAGGGGAGAAAAAAGAGGUCGCUGACCUUUCCAUGGGGGAUUUGCUCCUGCAUAAUACAGUGAUAUGGCUGAAUCCUCCUGCUUCACUGGGGAAGUGGAAGAAGGAACCUGAGCUGGCAGCAUUUGUGUUCAAAACUGCCGUGGUCCUCGUAUACAAGGAUGGCUCCAAACAGAAGAAGAAACUUGGUGGAUCACAUAGAGCUUCAAUUUAUGAAGACUGGGAUCCGUUCCGAUUUCGCCACAUGAUACCUUUGGAAGCCCUGCAGGUUCGGGCCUUGGCCAGUGCAGAUGCAGAGACCAAUUCUGUGUGUGAGAUUGUCCACGUUAAAUCUGAGUCUGAGGGCAGGCCAGAAAGGACAUUUCACCUUUGCUGUAGCUCACCAGAACACAGGAAGGACUUUCUGAAGGCAGUGCACUCCAUCCUGCGGGACAAACACAGGAGACAGCUUCUUAAAACCGAAAGCUUGCCCUCCUCCCAACAAUAUGUUCCUUUUGGUGGAAAAAGAUUGUGUGCUCUAAAAGGUGCAAGGCCAGCCAUGAACAGGGCAGUGUCAGCCCCAAGCAAGUCUCUUGGGAGGAGGAGGCGGCGGCUGGCCCGAAACAGGUUUACCAUUGACUCAGACGCCGUCUACACGAGCAGCCCCGAAAAAGAACCCCAGCAGCCCACGCACGGGGGGGACACUGACCGCUGGGUCGAGGAACAGUUUGACCUCGCUCAGUACGAGGAGCAGGAGGACAUCAAGGAGACGGACAUCCUCAGCGACGACGACGAGUACUGCGAGGCCGUGCGGGGCGGCGCGGCCGAGCGGGACCUGCGGGAGCGGCUGCAGGCGGCCUCCAUCGCGGGCCAGCCCUGCCGGGGGGACGCCCACGCCGCCAGGAUGACCCAGCUCAAGAAGCAGGCGGCCCUGUCCGGCAUCAACGGCGACGUGGAGGGCGGACACGGCGAGGAGGUCAUCUGGGUCAGGCGCGAAGACUUUGUCCCCGGCAGGAAACUCAACACGGAGCUCUAAGCCCCCCUUGCCCCACCUGGAUGCGUAGGUCUCCCCGUCCACCCCUCCCUCCCUCCCUUCCCCGCUCCCACGGAGAGCUGAUCCCGAUAGAUUGCACACUUGCACACACCAUUUCGGCAGCUGAACCGGUCCGAAGCCAUGCGGCCACACUUUAGGCGACUGUAAAACGCUCAAAACCGGGAACGGGUUAAGCUUAAGGUCCUGUCUUACGUUACCAAGGGCUUUCACACUAUUUUAUUUAUUCUGAAGUAAUCAGGGGCUGAAAUUAAAAUACGGGGAGAAAACAUAAUCACUGGAAAACAAAUUACUCUGGAUGUCUUAACCUACGUGCAGCGAACUAGCUUAAAACAAGAGCACAAGGACAGAGGGGUUUAUAGCCGUAAAAGCCGUCGGUCGUAGGUUCAUCUCCUUCAUGAGCAAACUGCCUUUUUAACCUGUACAGUUGCAGUAUUCUUAUUACUUUUUCCCUCUUUAAAUGUAAGAGAAAUAUACAUGUAUUUUAGGAAUGCGUGAGGAAAGGUUUGGGAUUUAUGUUGUGUUAAGUCUUCUCGGUCUAUGGCUGGUCUAAUUUAAUGUCAAUGUUGGAAGCUCUAGUUUUACAUACUGUUAUAAAGAUGCCAAACUCUCUUGAAAGAGAUCCAAAUUUAACACUUGAAGAAAUAUUUUUUUGUAUUUUACCUGAGAUGCAGGGGCACAAAGGGAUAAAAGUCUUACGGCGUUAGCGUAGCUCCACGUCUAGGAUACAGGACUAGCUUUUUGCAGAGGGUUAGGAACGGUGGUUUUAUAUUAAAAUAUGAACUGGAAACUCUUAUUUAGGUAUAACUUUCUUGAGGAAAAGGAUUAUUGUAUAUGUUUGAGACUGGAGUUUAGUUAGAUAAUAAAAAGAAUAAUAAAUAAAAUGACAUGACUGAAUUGUGGUGGACCAAGCUGAUCCGUGGUGGGACCUCUCUGGAGCCACAGAUCCGUCUGGUCCACUCUCUCCGGCAGAGUUUGGGCGUAGGGGACAGGGAAUUCAUGGCCAAAAAACUGACCUCAUCCACUCUCCUACUGUGGGUGAAACUAGUGUAUUUUAAUUCCUUUAUAAAAGCUUUUCCACUGCAAUAGAGUACGAUCAAGCUCUACACAAGCAAACCUUUAACAUUUGAAAUCUUUUAUUUAAACAUCUAAAACAGGGUAAAAUGUGACUUAAAUCUCGUGGUUUUUAAGUAGACUUCCAAAUGCAAAACACAAAAUAGCACUUUUUUUUUUUUAAGAUUUAUAUAGCUUUUCCCACUGCAAUUUCACCUAUAGGAAAAAAAAAAAAAGGAAGAUUAUAUGAAAUUCUCUUUUGUUUUGUUUUGUUUUGAUGGUAUCUAUUGAUGUUUGACACAUUAGUAGGUACUUUGAAAACCUGAAAUUUUAUAAUAGCUUUAGGAUUAUAUUUUAUAAAAUCCACUCUGACUAUAUUUUAAAACAUAACAAAAACUAUCCCCCCAAAAUACCCAUCACUUGUCUGUGUGUCCCACUUAGCAUUCUCCCCUUGCCCCCUUCCCUUCCCUGGUUUCUGGUGCACUAUACUUGACCUUAUGAAAGCUUUCUCUAUCAACUUUUUUGCUAUCUCCUCAUUUCUUUUCCUAAAAGCUUUAGAAGAGUUUCUAUACCCUUUGUAUGAUCACAGCAUUGUUUUAUAUCAUCCACCUGUCAGUUGUGUCCCAGCGUGCUGGAGGAGCGGCGGUUUUUGCCCUGGGCUGUUCCCAGUGGAUACAGUCAGAGCUCACAUACUGGAAGGCUGGUACUGGGAAGGUACCGUGGCUCUUGUACAUAAUGUCAUGACAUGUCUAUGUCAAAGGUUCUUAUAUAUUUCUUUUAUAAGCUGAAAGAAGGUCUAUUUUUAUGUUUUUAGUUCUAUGAAUGGAACGUUGUAAAUGCCUGUCAGAAAUAAAAUACUGGAAAAAAAAAAUUA